CUAGCGAAAGUGGUGGACAUAUUAAUGCGCCGUAUCAGACAAUCUAAAAGUAUGUCUGUCCUCUUCUGCCGCUGUUUUGUUUACUCUUGAACUUGUGACGGGCCUCAUAGUAUGUCGUGACACACAUCCCCACAGCAGAGGCUUCGCUAACGGUACCUGACCUCCCCCACCGCCAGUUUGACUGACCCAGUUUCCGUCUAUACUCAUUUUUUCUCUUGUGUUACGGUAAUGCGGAAACCUCAAUCUCUUGUGGAUUGGUGGGCAAUAAGCUUGCAGAGAACUUGCUGGGUAGUGGUUGUGGAUCAUGCUGAAGAUUGGUACAACUCAAUUUGUUAGUGUUGAUAAGUGUUAGGAGUUGCGGUGGUUAGUGUUUUCUCGUGUUGAUCCGGGCUGGUGGAGGAAUACUGGAAUGAAACCAGGAGUGUGCCAUAUUCUGCUGACACUUGGGCUGAUAAUGUUUGUUUAUGGAUAUGAUGGGUACACCUCCUGUUCACGACCUUACCGUAUGUCUAAAGCAUUUCCAGAACCUCCGUGCGAUUUCCGGUUGCAGUCAUGGUGUACCAUUCCUGGAAGUGCUUACCCCUGGCGUGCUGUUCGACGAUUCGUUCAUGAAAACCAAGGACUAAUGAGAAGAAUGUACGGAGACCAGCGACACAUUUCGGUACUCAGAGCAGAAAUCGAGUCCAAUGAUGUGGAGUACACAAGUGAAUGGAAAUUCCAAGAGGAUGUGCGGAGACGUUAUACCGCAAGUACAUCUGAACCUACGACAUCUUCUAAGGAUCACAUCACGAGCCCUUACUUUAGACCUGCAUCUACCACUGCCUCCAUGCCAAAGGUCACAAAUGCUUUAAAAUCUCAACAGAUAAAAUCAGAUUACACUCAGUACCCUAAACUAAUAACUCCAAACCCUGAAAACAAUGAUUCUGUUACAAGUAAGGCAUUUGAAUCUACUCCGAACACCACAUUGGUGGUAGACAAGACAACCGCUCCUGUCAGUACAACAGUUCAGACAACCUCAGAACAGACAACUGUAAAUCUCUCUACCAGUUCAAGUAUUCUUUCAUCAGAAAAGACUCUGAACACUGCUGCAGACACAACCCAGUCUCAUGACCCAAGCACCACACCUUGUACUAGUACAGAACAAACAGAAGCAUCAACUGUAGAGCCUCCAACAGCCACAACUGUAGAAUUUGCAAGUGAAGAAAACACUACUGCCACAACACACACACAGAAGGUUUUUGAAUCAGAACUCUUUCAGGAUUCACAGCAGCAGCAGCAGGCAGACAGCAGUAGUGAGUCAACUCCAAGUGCAGCUGUCAAGUUAAGGGGAGUAAAUGCUUGUCCAGUGAAAGAGGAAGUUGUUGCACCAUUCUGGGCAAACAACACGCGUGGGGAAGUUCUCGCCUUGCUUAAUCUUUAUCCAUUUGAACAGUAUGUCCACUGGGAAAAAUGCACUUUUGAGUACAAACAGAUGUUCUGCCGUGAAGGGUGCCGCUGUGAACAGCAAUACCGACUGCAUCGACUGCUGGCUUAUGAUCCCAACAAUGAGUGUCGAGGCAUAUUUUCUGACUGGUUCAAGUUUCCAUCAUGCUGUGUAUGUCGGUGUUACGAUCUACCAAUUGAAUUCCAGAUAACAUCACGCAGUCCACGAACACAAUCAUCAGUAUGGAAUCUCUACAGUAGUUCAUCACCAGACCAAUACAGAGUGGCUAAUGCAGGAUAGAACGGUCUCUCUGCUACUAACUAUCAAAACCCACCGUGCAUUUGUAAUGAAGAAGAUGGAGUUAUUGCAGUACAGUUCUGUACUAAAGUCCUGGCCACACACAUGUUCAACAGUGGUAGUCUACCUAUUGUGAAGUCUUUUUUGCAACAGCAUGUUCUGAUGAAACUUCAGUGUGGUGAAAAUAAAAUUACCACAAUCUUACAUAUGAUGGUGCUAAAUUAUCUGUAAGGUGACUACCACGUGUUUACUGUGGCUGAUAAGGCUCGUGAUGGAUUUACCUACAUAUUACUGCAUAUCUAUAUUUACGUAUUUAAUCAACUGAGUCUUUUAGGAGAAUACUUUCAAGUCAGAAUAAAGAUUACAUCUAGUUUGUAUAAAGUUUAUAAUGUAUAGUGAUAUAAGACUGAAGGGCCUGUGUUAACCAUUCAUUUUCUUCAUACUGAUUUUUUACUUUUACUGGCAGAUAUCUCUUCUUGAACAGUGUGCAGUAUUGAGUUGUCGUUAUUGACAAGAGGGAAUCAUCAUUAAUAAAACCAUGUGUAUAUAUAAUCACCAGCCAAAAAAGUCUCCUCACAAACUUGAAAAAACUUCAUUAUUUUUUAAAUCAAAACAAAAGUAUUCAUUUCAGUCUGUAAGAUAAUACGUCAAUGAAUAACCAUGGGAUUUUAUAGCAUGGAAGUAAUAUAUUACACAAUAUGUGCAAUCAUGACUAGCACAAUAAAAAGAUAUAUUUAAAGAAAAAUUAUUUCAAUUUUAAACAACCAAAGUUAACAGGUGUCAGGAAGUAUUACAGCAGAUUGUUUAUGGGCAGUGUUAAAACUUGGCAUUUAUGAAGGAAAUAACCUAGAAUAAAAGGAUUUUUAAAGGUACAAUUUAACACUGCAAUGAAGGUUGUGAAGGUAGGUAUAAUGUUAACUAACACUGAUAUUAGUUUGGGUUAAUUUUUGUGUAGUAUAUGCUACAUAUUAAAGUUACAUGUCAAAAAUUACAAUAUGAGAAAGUGCAUAUCAGUAGAUAAUGUUAUAUAUGAAAAGUCAUCAUUACUUUGGUUCAAAAGAUGUAUUAUGAAGUGAAACAAAUUAUAUCACUCCAGUAAUACAGAAUUUUCAUGAAUCUAUAUGUGAAAGGUUUCAUUUUAGUGGUUUAGAAGUAUUAUGAAGUGAUAUGUGAAAUAAUAUUAGUACAGUGAUUCAGAAUAAGACUGCUUUUCUACCACACGCUCUGGUUUUCUGGGCAUAGUGUUCAAGAAAAACAGACACAGUGACACUGCACUAAGCAUGCUAUACUAACAUCCUUCCCUCUCCCCUUCUGUAUGAUGUGAAAAUAUCUAAAUAUGAUAGCAACAUAAGACAUAUUUUAUUUGUAGUUUGACAAUGCUUUUUCAAUAACAAAAACUCUAUAAUUUUGAAUAAAAUGAUGGCACAUAACGAAUUGGAAAGGAGUUGUAAGUAGCUAGUUACAAACAAACUUACAUUAAAUAUUGACAAAACAAA